CACCAAUUAGUUUACUUGUUUUUCAAACUCCAUUUGAUCCGACGCUAACUGGCCGCCAACUUUUGUACGUCAUACGUCAACGUCUCGGAAAAGUAUUUUCAACCUGGCAAAGCUUUCUUCAAUCUUCGAUUGACCUACAGUCUGUAGAAAAGUUCAAUGCCUCACCCAAGUACACGUCGUAACGCGCUGGGUCGGCACUGGCAAGACUACUCAGAUGAUAGUUUUCCGUGCAAAGACUUGAUAGAAGCGGUGUUCAAGAAGACUAUUAAUCCCUCCUUAGUCUUGCAUCAAGUCAGACGCAACAUUGCGUUAAUCUCUGCAGAGGACAUUCAUUAUGAUCCUGCCUCAGUCUCAGAAAAGGAGUUCAAGGAGCUGAUGAUACCAUUCGCAACCUCAUCUGCUUGCAUCCAUGGGAUAAAAAGGCUGGUGUAUGCAGAUCCCCAAACCAUCAAACCUCAUAUACUUAACCAGGCCAUGGACCUUUGGCCUCGUCUUCUUCCUUGGAUUAUGGUUUUCUUCAACCAAGUCGUGCUAAGACGCCCAGAAUUAUUCAAUGACGUUGAAAAAUCGGAUCCGGACAUGCUGCUUACAUAUUCCAGAACCGGUGCAAUCUCCGGCUUGGCUCUGUCGUCGGUCAUGCUAAGGCUUCCGAAUCCUAGCAUCCUUCACAACUCCCAGAACAUCAUGUCAUGUGUGGCGCACGUGUGGAUUGUUGCGUCGGAGCACAGGCUGGUAUGCCUCUCUGAAUUGGUGAUUCCAUUUUUCGAGGGCAACAAAGCACUUACAAAGAUGCUGGUUCAAAUAGUCAAACAGGAACUACCUGUGACACGACUCACUUCGGUGUUAUCCCGUCUUAUCCGCGACAUUGACUGCGUGGAUAUUGCUUGGGAUGUCAUAAGGGACGAUCUGUCGGUGGUGCGCGUCCUUUCGGAUGAAGAUUCUUCACUGGGAUUGUCGUUCCGUUUGGCCAAGUCAACUCCAUGGAUGUGUUAUAUUCUUUCACGCGCCGUCGAGGCUCACAUGCAGGUCACCAUGGGAGAACACCCCGAUAGACUCGAAGUUAUCACGAAGUGCUUAUUUUGCAUUCAACUGGCGUUAUUACGGGGACCUCUCUGGAUAGUUCAAGCACUAAGAUAUACCCAUUUCCUCCCGUCUUUAUUAAAGUGUUGCCUGAUAAACCCGCCUGCGUACCUUUGCAUCGGCCUGUCGCAAAUUCUCUACGUCAUUACAACCAACCUUAUCUGGCGGACCGUUCUACGACAGGUCCAGAAAUCAUUGAGGAAGAUGGAUAUAUCCGCGAUCGACUCGCCUGGCUUUCCCAGCGAGCUGGCUAAAUCAUGGACUACGCUGCUGGAUGUCGCCAAUCAUCGCUGGGAGACACGGGCCAGGCUACAUGGUGACUACAAACCAAACUUUUGCAUGAACAUAGAGUGUAAAUCAGUCGAUGAAACGGGGAACAUGGAGGCGGCACUCCACCGCUGCAGCGGAUGUGGACUGACUUUCUGUUCUCAGAGUUGUCAAAAGGCAGCAGGUGACACUCAUCGGGUUUUUUGUCGCCAAGAGAGGAUCAGAAGAAGGAAGGGCUAUCCGGAAGACGUGGUGCUACGCGACGAACCGCUUCUGCAUUGUAUCCUGCUGACGGACCUACAACAUGAAAAAGAGCAGAUCGAAGAAGCAACGAGUGACUUCUAUGCAAGGUUGGGUUUCGACAACGGCGUCCCUGCAGUAACGUGCAUGGACUAUCAAUUUGCACCCAUGAAAGUGUCGGUGGGAAAUAUGGAGAAGUACAAGACUUCGGUGGAUCCUACUGAAUGGAAACGAGAGGUGGAACGAGCCAAACGGAGUCAAAAGAAAGGAAAACUCGUGUUCUCUAUUUUCCCUUGCGGUUCGACACAGAAAACUUCUAUAGAAUGGAUAACGCUCUGGUAAGAAUUGAUACGAUUUAUUUCCGAACUCAUGUCGUGGGUACUGUAUUCCUUCACAUAGAUACUUCCUAACGCAUGCUUGCCAUCCUGAUCAAAGAGUGCACUUCAACAAACUUUCACCCAUAUGAACUAAGGGAACCUAUCGUGACUUCAAGCUCAACAAGCGCGCGAACUGCCUCCGUGUAUGACUUGCGUAAGAUGGUAAUGUUGGUGUAAUACACAUGUGGCACCAGAACCGGCAAAGUAGCCACCUU